AUGACACGGCCGUGUUUGCCUCUGCUGCGACAUGUCGCCAGAAGAUGCUUUUCCCACUCUACCGUCCGCCGUGAGCUACGCGACAUAGCUGCUCUGCCAGACCGCAUCCGUCCCUCGUAUCAAGAGACAAAACACCAGGAUCUGCUAUCGCUGCAAUGGCCUCAGCCACCGCGCAAUGUUUUGAUCGUGCACAAAAGCGGCUCCCCCGUCGUCGAUGAAGCCGUCCACGAAUACGCAAACCACAUCCACUCGGCCUACCCAGACGUCUCCCUCGUCUUCGAGCCGCACGUCGCAAAAGCCCUACACACAGACUUUUCCUUCCCCAUCUACACUACCCUGGGCGCUUCGAACCAUGCUCGUCUCCAGGACAAGAUCGAUCUGACUUCCACCCUCGGCGGCGACGGCACAAUCCUCCACGCCUCCUCCCUCUUCGCAAACGCCCAAAAUGUGCCUCCCAUCCUAUCCUUCAGCAUGGGCACCCUAGGCUUCCUGGGAGAGUGGAAGUUUUCAGACUACAAACGUGCUUUGCGUGAAGUAUACAUGUCAGGCGCAACAGCAGGCUAUGGUAGCUCCCUCCUAGAAACAGAGUCUGGGGCAGCAAAAGAUGUCUUUUCGGGCUGGAGUUCUGUUCGCGGCAUGUCAAUGGGUCCAUCGCGCUCCUCUCGCGUUUUGUUACGGAACAGAUUGAAAGUGGGCAUCUUUGCUGAAGAUGGCAGACCCAUCACCCAUGCGGAUCCUUCAGCGCCAAUGUCUUCGUCCGACUGCGAGAACAACGACUGCGACGUUUUUGCCAUGAACGAGGUCUUACUCCAUAGAGGUCGCACUCCGCAUCUCAGUAUCAUCAACAUCUACGUUGGCGGCCGCUUUCUCACAGAAGCAGUAGCAGAUGGCCUCCUCAUCAGUACACCUACAGGUUCCACCGCCUACUCUUUGUCUUCCGGCGGCAGUAUAGUCCACCCCCUCGUCUCCUCCCUCCUUCUCACCCCCAUCUGCCCUCGCAGUCUUUCUUUCCGGCCCUUGGUCCUCCCCUCAAACACACCCAUAACUCUACGCUUAUCACCCAAGAACCGCUCAGACGAGAUCGAGCUCUCGGUCGAUGGUGUCCGACGGGAAAGAGGCCUUACAAGAGGCAUGGAAGUCAGAGUUGUAGGCGAAGAAGUUAGAAGUGAAGAAAGGACUUGGGGUGGUGGUGGUGUGCCUAGUAUUGUCAGGACUGGCGGUAGUAAUGGAGCUGAUGGGCAUGAUCAUUGGGUUGGUGGUUUAAAUGGGCUCUUGAAGUUUAAUUUCCCUUUCGGCGAGGGUGAGGAGUAG